AUGGGUCAAAAUAUCAGUGGCGUGUUUACAGUGAAGAGCUCUAUUAGUGAACCUGCUGAUGAUGCAGUUUUCAAUGCUACGUGGGAGGCCUUUGCGGACACACGCCCACAGGCUGUUAUUGUGUUUGGUGCACCUAUUAAUGAUACUGCGAAAUUCAUAAUGAGGAUGCUGACAGACGAACGUACUGCUGGUGCAUAUCUGCUGGGCCCACUUGCUGUGCAAGACAUGCUUCUAAGUGUGUGGCGUGAAGCUGUAGAUGCAGGUGUUCCGUUUGUGAGUGGUCAAGUGAUUACGACGGGGACGAACCCACAUGCAAAUAACGUUGAGUACGUUGCUAUCAAGCGCUUCCAGAAGGAUAUGGAGGAGUAUCUAAGAAAAAACAGUAAUGGUGUUUUCCAGGGACCUCAGCACUUCCUUAACAAUGACAACGAUGGUGAGAUGAUGGUUGCUGGGUGGAUUGCUGGUGAGGUUCUUGUCCAGGCGAUGAGCAGCCGUGAGUGGUUGAAGAACAGGAAAUCUUUUGUUGCGUCACUGUUUAACCAGCGUCGUUACGUCAUUGAUGACCUUGUGAUUGGUGACUAUGGUGGUGAGUGUAGAGGUAAAGCGGCCAUUUAUGGUGCCACAUGCCGUUGCAACCAAGGUGGGAGAACUGUGCAUACAAAGAUGUUUGUAGACGAUUUUAGAGCAAUCGGAAUUUACGAUGGUGAAAUGGUAUUUAAUAUCUCUGAGUGCUACACUUCUCUCGUCUAUAUUCCUCCCGUGUUGAGUGUCUCAUUAUUAUUAUAUAGUGAUGGUGAUAUGAUAUUUGCUUCAUCAAAUGAAAUUUAUGCAGGGUUCUCUGGGGGAGAAAUAAUUAAUGUGGGAUGGUGGCAAAAGGGUAAAAUAUUGAUUAACUUAAUUACUACAGAAGUAAUAGAUGCGCACAUUAUGCUUAUGGAACAAAUGAAUGAGAGACGUAUUCAUGCAGUUGCUGGCCUCGUCACGGAGGCGAUGUUGGAUGUCCCGAAUGUGACCUUCAUUGACCCA